AUGUAUUUAAUAAUUCUGCUACUUCUGUUCGAAUAUUGUAACUGUCAAGGUCAAGUAACACAUCCAGGCUAUGAUAUACCCAGUCAACCAAUCAACAAUGUUCUUGGCGGUGUUUAUGCCAACAAUAUAACUCUGUUUUUUCGUAAUUCACCUUAUCGUGUCCAAUCGGAUGUUACUGUUGAAGCUGGUGCAACAAUUACUAUUGAAACCGGUGUACGAUUGUAUUUUGAUACUGGUGUCGGAUUAAAAGUCAAAGGUUCUAUCUAUGCAGUGAUAUUAAAACAUAAAGAUCGUUGA